CUCUCUGCUUCUCCGCCAUUUCUUUCCUGAAUUCCCGUUCGGAUCGGGUCAGUUCUCCGUGUUGUGUCCAAAGAAAAAAAAAAGUUCUUCCUCCGUGUCGCCCUUCUCGCGGAUUGUGGAAAGGCUGCUUCUUUCGUAGAUUUCCGCGUGCUUCUCGUCGAGAUUAGGAGACCAGUGUUUCGGAUCGAGCUGUUUGGGGGUGGAGAAAUUUUGAGGCCAAGAAGAGGUCGGAAUCGGAUCGGGAGUUCUUCGGGGUCGGAGUGUGCGGAAAGGCGAGGGAUUUGGGAGGAGUUCGUGUCCCAGACGCGGUGGGGAAGAAUCUGUUGUUGAGCAAAUUGGAGGCGGAGAUGGGAGCCGGAGCUGAGGUCAUGCAUCAGGUCGUGCCGCUGCUGGAGGCACGGUUCCACCGGUGCGUCGUCAAGAGCGUCGAGGUCAUCGAGGAGGUGGUCGCGGUGGCGCCCAUGCCGGUGCAGGUGGCAGCGUCGCCGAAGGCGGUUGUGCAGGAGUUGAAAAGAUCUUCUAAUGCUGGGGGUAGUGUAUCUGUGGAACCCCUGCAGUUUGUCCCAAGCAUUCGAUCUGGUAGCUUCGCUGAUAUUGGACCUAGGCGGUACAUGGAAGAUGAACAUAUUCGAAUUGAUGAUCUUUCUGCUCAUCUUGGUCCACUGCUUAUGUUCUCUGCACCUAGUGCCUUCUAUGGGGUCUUUGACGGGCAUGGUGGUUCAGAUGCAGCUGCUUACAUGAAGAAGCAUGCAAUGAAAUUGUUCUUUGAGGAUGCUGAAUUCCCACAAGCAUCACAAGAAGAUGAAAUGUUUGCUGAAUCUGUUGAGGAUUCAGUCCGCAAGGCUUUCUUGCGGGCUGACCUUGCUCUGGCUGAUGAUUCACUCAUCAACCGUUCUUCUGGAACCACAGCACUGACAGCAUUGGUCCUUGGAAGGCAACUUUUGGUUGCAAAUGCCGGGGAUUGCCGUGCAGUCCUUUGUAGGAAAGGCAUAGCAGUGGAGAUGUCAAAGGAUCACAGGCCAACAUAUGAUGCAGAGCGUCAAAGGGUUAUUGAAUCUGGUGGAUAUAUUGAAGAUGGCUACCUCAAUGGAGUUCUCUCUGUGACCCGGGCUCUUGGUGACUGGGACAUGAAACUGCCCAGAGGCUCGGCGUCACCCCUGAUCGCCGAGCCAGAGAUCCGCUGGACCACCCUCACCGAGGACGACGAGUUCCUGAUCAUCGGGUGCGACGGGAUAUGGGACGUGAUGACCAGUCAGCACGCGGUGAGCACGGUCCGCAAGGGGCUGCGGCGGCACGAUGACCCCGAGCGGUGUGCUCGGGAGCUCGCCAUGGAGGCGAAGAGGCUCGAGACCUUUGACAACCUCACGGUGAUCGUAGUCUGCUUCAGGUCCGAGUUCGGCGGGGGUCCCACACCCCUAGAGCCGGCAUCAAAUAGUAGGCUAAGGUGCUGCAAGAGUCUGUCUCCGGAGGCACUCUCGAAGCUGAGGCGAUGGCUGGACUCCGACCAAUAGACCAUUCUGCUGUAGAUGUGUAGAGGCCGGCCUCUGUUCCAUGCUGCAGCCGUGUAAAUAUCGGUGCUGAUGUUCGUCCCUCUAUUAAGGCUGUGCUUACAUGGCCAACAAUUUUGUUCCUGGCGGCGAGGCUUUUCCUCCUCCUGCUGCUGCUUUUGUUUUACACCAUUUUGUUGGAUGUACAUACCAUUGUUUUUUUCACUGUUGUCCGGCUCGCCAGGUGGUUUAUUCUGGUAACUAGUUUGCAGCCCCGUUGCCUGCUGGGGUGGAGUUUUUAGCA